UGCUUUUUCGCCGCCCGAAGCCUUCCUGGGGGAGAGCUUUCCUCGGGGGCUUCGGCAGCGGCCGCAGAUGGCUCCGAUACGUUUGUUGUUUACUGAUAUGGAGAUGGGUGUGUCUUCACUUUGAAUUCAAACGUGGGUCUGGCAAAAGUACCUUAUUGCUCCUAUUGUGCUAAAUAGAAAAUCGCUUUUUGAAAAAGUGAUAACACGACGUGAAAGGAGAACGAGGACCGGGAAAGGAAAGGAUGCUCAGUGAGCAGCGACAGUUUGUGCGCUACCCGGGGCUGCUGCGGCGCUCCCAUGGAGCUGGUGCCGUUCUCGAAGUCGCCGAUAGUUUCUUUGGCAGCUGAUAGUUUUCUUCUGAAAAACCGCAGCUAAACCAGAAAGCGAUACUUUGGAGCAAUGGUACGCUGAAGGCUUUGCUGGCAGAGUCUCGGGUCUGCAGGAGUCAGCUCGGGGAGUGUUUUUGUUGCUUGUAGCGUGUGUUCUGUAACGAGAUGCCUUCAGCUGCGCUCCUGCUAACUGUAGUUUCAUCUUUACGAAGCUUCAGCUCGUACUCUCUGUCAGGAGCAUGAAGGGCUUUGAUGUCACAACAGAAAAUAGAGCUAGCUGUGGUAGCAGAGGAGCCUCUGGCUAGAGAUCUGUAGCUCCAGAAGAGCGCUGUGGCAGUGAAUGGUGAUGAUAAAGCCCAGACUAAACCAGUGUAGUUCAGAGUUCCCAUAAGUUGAUUUCAAGGUCAUUAGCUGAAGUGUGGUGUGAAAAGAAACGAUAAUCUUUUUGCACUGAGUGGAAUGAAGUUUAAUUCUCUUAAGCUACAAUUGGUUCUUUGGUUGGUUCUUUUUUUUUUUUCUUUUUUGCCUUGGGAAGUAUUUUUAUUGGUUUUUUUUUUCAACUAAGAAUUACCAAAUAAAGGAAGGCUCAAGGUAAGAGAUGCUUAAAGGCGGCCUGCACGUAGCUCAUGGGACGCUUCAUUGUUCCAGUUACUCAUUUGAUGGAACCUGGUGGCUGUGUUCUACCCGUGCCGUGUUUAAGUCCACUUUCACAGCUGCUGUGAGUUGCCAGGUGAACGAUCUAACAUCUUUGAAAAAUCAUUUGUUCCCAGUGGGAAUCACAGCAGUCCCAAACGUCUGUCUGUCGGUUUUAUAGUCCUGUGUCCCACUCAGCACAAGACCAAUGAUGCAGCAGUUCCCUGUGCUGAGCCAGGUGUAGGUGAGCUCACUGCCUGCAGAGUGCCCUGGCUCCAGAACUGUGGGUGCAAGGCUUCCAGCUACCUCCAGCUCCAUUAUUUUUUUUUAUUGUUAUAUUUUGAUUAUUCUUAAAUCUGCAUGGCUUUUCACAUAACCUGAGACUCGGUUCUUGAAUCUGGCUGUUGCACAGUGGCUGAGCAGGGAGGUGCUGUUGACAGUGGGCUGAACUGCAAGGCCAAAUCUUUGUUUAUAAGUAGAUUGUAUGGUGUACUCGGUAUGAAAUAGGGUUAUAAUACCAAGAUAUGCUCCUGAAGUUGGUCAAGAGCUGUGGGAAAGAGGCAAAAAAGAAAGAGGAUGAGAGGAAGAUCUUGUUGCUUGUGUUCCUAAACCCUGUUUUCUUAAGUCCUAAGAUAAUAAUGGAAAACUCUUACAGUCAUUCUUUUUUUAAAAUAGACUUCCAGCUUUUUAUUCAAGAGGUGUGAAUAAGGAUAUUAGCCUUUAGACAAGCUAACUGUCUUGUGUUUUAUUGUCUGCACAAAGUUUACUAGAACUUGCCUCGCCAUGUUAAGUAGGGAGAGUCCUCCCGAAGGAUACAGUGUAGGAUGUAGAAGCCUCGUUGAGUGCUCUGGCUUUGCAGGAGUUGGGCACGUCCUAUCCUGUAGUAAUGCUUUCAGCAGCGAAGAAGAUGAUGACUUUCAAUAUGCAGAUCAUGACUACGAAAUCUCACAGCAAAGAAGCUUGAAGAAGAUAUGUAACAGGGUGAAAUGGACACGUGAUGAGGAUGAAAAGCUAAAGAAGCUGGUGGAACAAAAUGGUACAGACGAUUGGGCUUUCAUUGCUAGUCAUCUACAAAAUCGUUCAGAUUUUCAGUGCCAGCAUCGAUGGCAGAAGGUACUAAACCCAGAAUUGAUUAAAGGUCCUUGGACUAAAGAAGAAGAUCAGAGGGUUAUUGAAUUAGUUCAAAAAUAUGGUCCAAAGCGCUGGUCUCUAAUUGCAAAACACCUGAAAGGAAGAAUAGGCAAGCAGUGCAGAGAGAGAUGGCAUAACCAUCUCAACCCUGAGGUAAAAAAGUCUUCAUGGACAGAAGAAGAAGACAGAGUAAUCUAUGAAGCUCACAAGCGUUUGGGAAACCGAUGGGCUGAAAUAGCAAAGCUGCUUCCUGGAAGGACUGAUAAUUCAAUUAAAAAUCACUGGAAUUCAACAAUGCGAAGAAAGGUGGAACAGGAAGGAUAUCUACAAGAUGGUACAAAGUCUAGUUCUGAAAGAACUGGUUCAUCCACACUUGCGCAAAAACCUUGUGUGACUAUGGAACACUUGCACACUCAGAAUCAAUUUUACAUCCCUGUUCAGACACAUAUUCCAGUGUACCAGUAUGCCUCACCAGAAGACAGCUGUAUAGAACAUGCUUCGGCAUCUGCCAACUUAGUUCAGCAGUCAUUUAUUGAUGAUGAUCCUGACAAAGAAAAGAAAAUAAAGGAACUUGAAUUGCUGCUCAUGUCAACAGAGAAUGAAAUCAGAAGAAAACGAUUAUCAUCUCAAGCUGGAAGCUUACCUGGCUGGUCUGGAAGUUUUGUUAUGGAAGACUGUGUACCUAAUACACUAAAUAGCCUUGGGGAACAAACAAGCGAGUUCUACAGCAUGGAUGAGACCCAGGGCACAUCCGUUCAGCAGAAUUCACCCACUAAGUAUUUGGCAGUGGAAGCAAAUGCAGUGUUAUCAUCUCUACAAACCAUUCCUGAAUUUGCAGAGACACUAGAGCUUAUUGAAUCAGAUCCUUUAGCUUGGAGCGAUGUCACCAGUUUUGACCUUUCAGAGGCUGUUGCAUCUCCUGUCAAGCCAGCUCCAUUAAAAUUAAUGCGGAUUCAACACAAUGAACGGGCUGCAGAGUGCCAGUUUAAUGUCAGUGUCAUGCUUGAUGGCAAAAAACACAGUAGCAUCAGUGGUGAGGAAGAGGCGGUUUUCCCAACAACUCCAAAUUUAACUAAAUACAGCACUCCGCCUGCUAUCCUAAGAAAGAAGAAGAGAUUGCGUGCUGGGCAAUCUCCAGUUAAUGAACUGAAUGAUGGCUUGUGUAACGAUGCCAUCAAUGUUGCACUAAAGCACACACCAGUGAAAACACUACCAUUUUCUCCAUCACAGUUUUUCAACACUUGCUCUGGAAAUGAACAAUUUAACCUUGAAAAUCCUGCAUUUACAUCAACACCGAUCUGUGGGCAGAAAGUUCUUAUUACGACUCCUCUACACAAGGAAACGACACCAACAGAUCAAAAGGAAAAUGCAGGUUUUAGGACUCCCACAAUUAGAAGAUCUCUGUUGGGUUCAACACCAAGGACACCAACUCCCUUUAAAAAUGCUUUGGCUGCUCAGGAAAAAAAGUAUGGCCCUCUCAAACUUACGUCACAACCACUUGCCUUCUUGGAGGAAGACAUUAGGGAAGUUUUGAAAGAGGAAACUGGAACAGAUAUAUUUCUCAAGGAAGAAGAUGACUCUGUGUAUAAAAGCUGCAAGCAGGAGCACAAUUCUUCUAAAAAAGUCAGAAAAUCACUGGUCCUGGAUGCAUGGGAAAAAGAAGAGCUUGGUGCCCAGCUCUUCACAGAAGACAGUGGUUUGGAUGUGCAGUCAGAAAAUGCGUAUACUACGUCUUUAUUAAUGAUACCAUUGUUGGAAAUACAUGACAACAGAUGUAACUUGCCAUCAGAAAACCAAGACACAAAUUCAUCAAACAAAGCAAAUGCAGUAAUUAAGAAGAAACUGAAUGCGUGUUCUUCAAAAAACAUCAAACUGGAGAAAUCCCUUCAGCCAAAUUAUGAAUGGGAAGCUGUUGUUUAUGGAAAAACAGAAGACCAGCUUAUCAUGACUGAACAAGCAAGAAGAUAUCUGAACGCAUACACAGCUACCAGUAACACUUCAAGGGCUCUGAUACUGUGAUGGUCACUGCAACUGACAACCAUCUCUUUCUAUUGAAAUGGACUCAGUGUUGAAGGGGAUGCCAGCACAAUACUUGUGAAUUAAGUCUUUACUUUGAGGCAGUCUGCUAAGGGAAACCUUCAGGCUACCUUAAAGCUUCCUUUCUUCUCUUGACUGACAAAGAAUGGACACGUAACCCCUGUGUUCUCUCUGAAGUGAUAGUACAAACGGUUCUGCAAUGCAUUUCUUAAAUAUUAAAAAAGUAACACUCUUAAAUACUAUAAAGAACAGCAAAGAGCAUUGCAGCACAUACUGAACAUACAGUUUCUAGGCCUAUUUUUCAUAUUUAUUUUUUUGACUUGCAUUGCUUUUUUUCUGCUAGUGUAUAGAGUAGGUUCAUAGAUUGUUAAUGGUCUCUGAAUGAACAACAUACACGACUGAAUGUGCUUUUGCUUAUGUAGCAUUUUCCUAGUAUGUAAAGAAACACAAUGGGGAGGUGUAUAAAGGAAGGAUAGAAAGUUGCACUACUAAUUUUUUGGUAUGCUGCAAAACAGUGAAAUUAACUACAGUGUUAAAUAUAUUUAUUUGCGAAUGGUACUAGAAGUAGGCAGAGAGGGGUGAAUUAGGUUUUAGUGUAAAGCAUCAGUAUUUUCUUCAUAAAUCUCAAAAUGAGAUGAUUGUUGAAUGUAUUGUACAGUGUGUAGUAACAGGGAAAAAUCUGUAAAUUGGAAAGGAGUCUUUUUAUAAUUUAUUUUCAUUUUAAAGCUUAAAUGUAGAUAUUUAUAUGUACGCAGGUUGUCUAGAAGCCAACGUUGUUUCCUGUUAAAACAGCUGAAACGAAAAAAGGACAAGUUUAAACCUUUAACCUUAAAGUAUGGUAUAGCAGAAGAAUGACAGAGCUGAAGUGUACAAAUCUAUACUGUAUGUUACAUCUAUAUAAAGUUUGCACUAUACCCCUUAAAUCAUGUUGGUGUACAAAAUAGUUACAAGGUAUACCUGCGAUACACAUCAACUCUUUCCAUACCUUGUUUUAAUGUAUUUAGAAAAGAAGGCUAGGGUCCUAUAUGUGACCCAGAAGUACUUUGUCCUGCAUAGGAACUAAAAACUAAUGCAUUUUAUACCUUAUUAUUAUUAUUAUUAUUAUUAUUUUAAAGAAACUUGGCACCUUGGAUCUCAGAACAGUUGCAUCUGCACUUAAGUUUGACCAUUAUAUACUUCCUAAACGUUUGAAGAGCAAAGAACGUUCUUUUAUUUAUGAAAAUCUUGGUCCUUAUUUAAAGGUAUACAGGUCACAACAGUUGCUUUAGUUGCCUAUUUUAGGUAUUUGCACUUAUUUUGUCUUUUUCUUUUUGAAGGAAUGUUUUCAGUUGGUUUUGUUGUAGACAUUUUUAUGUAGUUAAUUUCUAGCAAAUGGCAAUGGUGUGUUAUCAACAAAUACUGACAGGUAAAUAGAAUUGUACACUGUAGUUUUAGCUAUUUAUGAUUCAAACACUCUUCCUCUCCACUCCCGGGUGUGCUGCUACAGAUGGUGGCAGAAUCGGCUUGCUGCUAUGAGAGAUGGAAAGAGCGAGCAUCAUAUGCACUGUACGUAAAAUUACAAAAAUGAUGUCAGGUUCUCUAGUUAACUUUAUGAGAUCAACCAGUACUAUGCAGGGCGUGGAAAAUAUUCCUAUCAUUUUAAUAUCAAAGAUGGUAGAGAAUAAUUUUAUUGGUGGGCAAUUUUAACACAUGAUGAGUUGACACAAAGAAAGUAAUUGGUUACUUAAGUUUUUUAAACAUCUCAGAGCUUAUACAAUCCUUAUUUUUAAGAGUUUUUUAUUUUAUUUUAAAUAUUAAAUAUUCACCUAGCUAUGAUAGUAGUAGGCAUAAACAUUUUUAGCAGUUUUUAAUUCAGACCAAAAUUUUGAGGAGGAGGAAGGAUGGGAAUCCUAUAACUAAUGGGAUUGGAAAAGAUCCAUCGUGCCAAGAUUACUCCUCACCGAUGAGAUCCAAGAGGAGGGAAUUGGAAUUCUUGGCAGUACUAGAUUUAGUUGUACAUUACCACAAUGGAUGUAACAAAAACAUUUCAUGCUGGAGACCACAUUUAAUUCGCCAAGGAUUAAAUAACUUCUUUAGAGAGAAUGAAUAUCCAGAAUUUGGGUGAUAUAUUUCAGUAGAAAUGGUAUCAUAAAAGCUCCCAAUUCUCAGUUUAAGCAUAGAUUUAUUAUAAGUAAUAUUAAUUUGGUUUGGUAUUGGUUGAAUCAUCUAGUUAACUCCUAUUUUGUUUCUUUAGCAAGAAGGUUUUAAUCUUUGAUGUCAGGCAUCUUUUAUUAUUUUUUGAAUGUUGUGUGCAUUUGCAUUUCUUUCAGUUUAUAAGUAGACCACAUGCAGCAGCCAAACUUGCAUGAAAACUAAAUACAUAUUACUCCAUUUUUUUGUUUGUUUUAAGGUUUGACAUAAUGUACAACAAACACCUUGUUUAUCUUAGUUUUUGUUGUACAACAAACUUUUAUGUAAGAGAAUCUCACAUACAAUGCAGACCAUAUUAAUGUCAGAAAUAAAGCAUCUACAUACCA